UUUGGCUCGUUCGGGCUGGGUUUCUUCAUCCGGAAGUGGCCGACGGCCGUUGAGGUCUGUGUCGCCUUCCUCGCUCCGAGAGGUAGUUGGGGCUUCUGCUGCCGACAUGGCCAGCUCUGACCCCCGCUAUCCCUGCUCCUCGAUAGAGGAUGACUUCAACUAUGGCAGCUGCGUGGCCUCUGCCAGCGUACACAUCCGAAUGGCCUUUCUAAGAAAAGUCUACACCAUCCUUUCUCUGCAAGUUCUCUUAACUACCAUGACAUCUGUGUUAUUUUUAUACUUUGAGUCUAUACGGACAUUUGUACAUGAGAGUCCUGCCUUAAUUUUGGUGUUUGCCAUUGGAUCUUUGGGUUUGAUUUUUGCAUUGACUUUAAACAGAUAUAAACAUCCCCUUAACCUGUACCUGCUUUUUGGAUUUACACUGUUGGAAGCUCUGACUGUGGCCUUUGCUGUUACUUUGUAUGAUGUGUAUAUUAUUCUGCAAGCUUUUGUACUGACUACUGCAGUAUUUCUUGGUUUGACUAUGUAUACUCUACAAUCUAAGAAAGAUUUCAGCAAAUUUGGAGCAGGACUAUUUGCUGUUUUGUGGAUUCUUUGUUUGUCAGGAAUCUUGAAGUUAUUUUUUUACAGUGAGACAAUGGAAUUGGUUGUGGCUGCUGUAGGAGCCCUUCUUUUCUGCGGGUUCAUCAUCUAUGACACACACUCACUGAUGCAUAGGCUGUCACCUGAAGAGUAUAUAUUAGCUUCCAUCAGCCUCUACUUGGAUAUCAUCAAUCUAUUCCUGCACCUCUUGCGGUUUUUGGAAGCAGUUAAUAAAAAGUGAUUGAAAGCAGUAUGUAGAAACUAAUUCAUUCAUAAGAAGUGACUGCAAGUAGGAUACAGAAACUGAUUCAUUAAUAAUACUUUAUUACUGACUCAGUGAUAAAGUUAGAGACAUAAUUGACUAUUCAAUACUUUUAUUAAUUUAUUGUGUGCUCUGUACUUCAGAGCUAUUACUAUAAUACAGCAGGUUCUUGGAUAAUGUCAUUUCAUUCAAUGUCAUUUCAUUAUAAUGUUGGUGAGAAAAAAAAAUUGAUUCCCAGCCAAGGCCACUGUUGGUGUGAUGUUUGAAAAUUCUCCCUAUGUCUGCAUGAGCUUUCUCCAGGUACCCUGGUUUCCUUCCACAUCCCAAAGAUGUACACAUUUGGUGAACUGGCACAUCUCAGUUGUCCCAGUCUGAGUGAGUGGGAGUAUAUAUAUAUGUGCUUCCUGAACCUUGAGCUGCUGAGUAGGCUCCACUACCCACCACUCUAGAGAAGUGGGUCAGAAAAUAAUGAUAUUACUUGUUUUUAUUGAUCUUUCUUAAAUUUAUAACUCACAUUUAUUUCAGUGUUUAAUAUUACAAGUGUUUUGGGUCUGUAUUUAAAAGUUUGGUGUGCUUUUGUGACCAGAAAUAUGCCUACAGUAAAAAUUGGUUUUGUUAUAUAUGUUGUUUUGCUUAAAGUUGCAGUUUCCAAGAACCUAUUGAUGACAUUAAAUGAGGAUUUACUGUAUAACAAUCUAAUGUAAUAUACACAUAAUGUAAUAUAAUAUAUAAUGUAAUAUAACAUUAACUACAACUAUAUUACUAUUAUAUGACUAAUUAUAUGUAAGAUAUAACAAUAAAAUAUUAAAUAUAUAAUUACUAGGUUAUAUAAUAGUAAUAUAAAUCUUACUGUCCUUUAUGGUAUCUCAUUUCUAAAUCCUUGAUUUAGAAUCUCAAGUAUGAGGGAUAUCAAAAAUCUUUAAAAAUUGUUUUCAAUCCUGAAUUUGCCAUACAUACAUUGUUCAUCUGAAAUUCAAGAAUAAUUUAAUGAGCCCUGGCUGGCGUAGCUCAGUGGAUUGAGCGCAGCUGCGAACCAAAGCAUCGCAGGUUCAAUUCCCAGUCAGGGCACAUGCCUGGGUUGCAGGCCACGGCCCCCAGCAACUGCACAUUGAUGUUUCUCUCUCUCUCUCUCUCCCCCCGCCCCCUUUCCCUCUCUAAAAAUAAAUAAAUAAAAUCUUAAAAAGAAUAAUUUCAUGAGAUUAGAUUACAAAUAUCAAUUUAUCUUUGUCUAAUGGUUUCAUCUAAUUUUUCCUUUAAAUAACAGUAGAUUGGAUUUUGAUUUUAAAGUACUUGUGUCCUUACCAAUAUAAAUUAUAAAUCUCCUUUUACAAGGAGAUUUUAAUCUUAUUUAGAAAAGAAAUAUUAUAAAAGAUAAAUUCAAAAGAGAAUUAGUUAUAUAAAAAUGUUAAUGACGCUUCAUUAUAAAGUAUAUUAAAAAUUAGAAGCCUGCUUUAAAGUCAGAUAUUUUGACAUAAAAUUUGACAUUGUUAAUUUUCUUAAGUGCAGGUUUCAUUUUAAAAUUAUAGCAGUGAACUAAGGGCCAGUGAAACUUUGGCAAAUUUCCUCACUGUAUUAGUUUGUUAGGGCUGCCCCAACAAAGUUCUACAGACUGGGUGGCUUAAUCAGAAAUUUAUUUUCUCUGUUCUGAAGGCUGGAAGUCCAAAAUGAAAGUGUUGGCAGGGCUGGUUUCUCUGAGGCCUCUCUCUUGGCUUAUAGAUAGAUAGUCAUAUUCUCCCUGUGCCUUCACAUGGUCUUCUCACUGUACUUGUCUGUGUCCAGAUUUCUUCUUAGAAGGACACCAUCAUUAGAUUAGGGACCCCCAGUGACUGCAUGUUGCCUUAAUUAACUAUGUAGGACCCCAUUUCCAAGUACAGUCACAUUGUGAGAUACUAGGGGUUAGUACUUUGCAGUGGUCUGAUCUGUUUGUGUCCCACAAAAUUCAUAUGUUGAAAGCUAAUGCCCAGUGUGAUGGUUUCAGGAGGUACAGCUUUGGGAUGUGACUAGGUCAGGAAGGUAGAGCUUUCAUGAAUGGAAUUAGUAAAAAAAGAGACUCUAUAGAGAUCUCUUACCCCUUCUCCCAUGUGAGGUUACAGUGAAAAGACAUGUAGUCUGUGACCCGGGAAGAGGGCCUUUACCAGAGAUCAGAUCUGCCGGCACCUUGAUCUUGAUCUUUCCUACCUCCAGAAUUGUGAGAAAUAAAUUUCUGUUGCUUAUAAAUUACCCACUCUCUACUACUUUGUUAUGGCAGCCCUAAUAGACUAAGAUAGACUUCAUCAUAUGAUUGGGGGAGGAGCCCAUAACACUCACUAAGCAUAAUUUUUUUUCAGCUGUCAAGUUGAAAUAAAUUAGAGCAAUAUGGAACCCUGGUGAGGUGGCUUAGUUGGCUGAAGCAUCAUCCAUGCACCAAAAGGUUGCAUGUUUAGUCCCCACUUGGGGCAUGUACAAAGGCAACUGAUCGUUGUCUCCUUCCCUGUGCCCUUCCUUCUUUUCUCCCUCCUUUCCCUCCUUCCUUCCUCCUUUUCUUUCUUUUCUCUCUCUCUCCCCAUCCCCCACCCUUCCUCUAUCUUUAAAAUCAAUAAACAUAUCCUCCAGUGAGGAUUAAAAAAAACUUAGAAAAAAUUUAGUAGUAUGUAAUUAGGUUCAAGUUUUAGAUGUAAAAUUGACUAUCAUUAUCAAUUAAUUAGUCAUUGAAUAUAUAAUUGCACUAAUGCUGUACUUAAGUUCAACACGGCAUAGUGGGCAAGAGCAUAUAGAUUAGAAUCAUUGCUGUGCAAUUAACUGAUGUAGCCUUUGGCAAGUUAUUUAUCCUUCCAUACUUAGGUCUUUUGCAGCAUCUUUAUAAGGGUAUAAUAGUACCUAUUGUACUGGCUGAUACAUGAAUUAAAUGAGAUAGUUAUAGCAUAUAAACUAAGAGGUUAGUUAAUGUCAGCUGCUAUUAUUAAUAAUUUUUUCAGUUCAAAGGUAGAAUGUACUGAAUUGGAAGUAAAGAUACUAAAUAAGCAAAAGCAGAUUUGACACUUCAAAAAUGUAAAACAGUGCCACUGUUCUCAGUAAAUUUUUUUUUUUUUGGUUUUGGUAAUACAGUUUUUUAAAUUAAAAUGUAGACAUGUAAUUAAUCUUUCUAAAAUGACACAUUUUCAAAAAUUAAUUUUUGGUGGGACAAAUAUUGUAAUUUCUAAGAGUGUAAAGAGAUCAAAAGACGAAGAAGUUUGGAAACCCCUGGUGUAGACUUGGAGUGGUGAACACACAACACAGUGUACAGAUGAUGUGUUGCACAGUUGUGUACCUGAAACCUGUAUAAGUUUGUUAACUAGUGGCACACCAAUAAAGUUAAUAAAGAAAAAAAG